CACCACUUGACCCACCAAACACUUUGACACCCUUCAACAUCAACCACCCAAGUCGUGGAGACCCAACCACAAUGGGGAUCAUCGGGAGUACCCUUAAGUGUUGAGACACACAGCACAAGGGGAGUCAAGCAUGAUGUAAUGCAAAGGGGUCAUCGCGCUUGACAUGAUGGAAAGAAGGCAAAAUUUGGCUAAGUGUUAAGACCCAUAGCACAAGGGGGUUCAAGCAUGACAUCAUCCCAGGGGGGUCAAGUACUAUGCCAUCUACCUACCUUGCACCAGGAGGGUCAUGCAUGACAUCGUCCAGGGGGGUCAAGCUUGAUGCCAUCCAAGGUGAGUCGAGUAUGAAGAGCGCAAGGGGGUCUAGCCGCCUACUAGGUAUCAAACAUGUUGGCAAGUGAAGAAGGGCAACGCGAGUCCCUAGACGUGGUGGCGAAGAAAGCAAAAAUUUGGCUAAGUGUUGAGACCCACAACACAAGGGGGGUCAAACAUGACAUCAUCCCAGGGGGGUCAAGCAUGAUGUCAUGCAAAAUGAUCAUCGCACUAGACCGUAAUGGGAAAGAAGGCAAAAAUUGGCUAAGUGUUGAGACCCAUAACACAAGGGGGGUCAAGCACUAUGCCAUUUACCUACCUUGCACCAGGGGGUCAUGCAUGACAUCGUCCAAGGGGGUCAAGCAUGAUACCAUCCAAGGUGAGUUGAGUAUGACGAGACGCAAGGGGGUCUACCCGCCUACCGGGUAUCGAGCGUGUUGGCAGGGGAGUCCCUAGACCAUGGUGGUAAAGAAAGCCCAAAUUUGUCUAAGUAUGGAGACCCAACUACAAGGGGGACAAGCAUGACAUCAUGCAAGGGGGGUCAUGCAUGACAUCGUCCAAGGGGGUCAAGCACUAAGUACCGUAGCCACCUACCUUGCACUAGGGUGUCAAGCAUGAUGCCGAGGAAAAAUUUGGCUAAGUAUGGAGAUCCAACCACAGGGGGGGUCAAACAUGACACCGUCCAAGGGGGUCAAGCACCGAUACCAAACACUAGGGUGUCAGCCAUGUAUAUCAUCACAUGGUAGACCACCUUGCCAAGACCCUGCAAGCAUGAUGUCACCCCAAGGGGGUCAGUGUGCAUCCAUCAAACCCCCAAUCACCCUGGUGUCGAGCAUAACGUCAUGUCAAGGUGGUUAGCACGAGUACCACCAAGCAUGAAGCCUUCACUCACCAAACAAGACACCUCCAUGGCACAAGGGGUCAUCAAGUGGCAAGCACGCAAGAAAGUCAAGGCGUCAAGCAAGCUACAUCAAGCACCAAGCAGUGGAGCAACAGUUACCAAGAGGCGGUUGCACGACGGUUACAAAGGAUGACUAUAAAUAGGAGAAACGAAAACGAAGCAAGGGUUCCACAACCAAACAUUUGACGCACAAUGUCAAAAUUUAUCUUUUCUCUGCAAAUUAGCUUUUAGUCUUUCGGAGCUCUCACUGAACCUCCAUAGGAGUAGAGUAACUUAGAUUGUUCUAAAAAAACCAUCAAAAACAUCAAACACCCUCUUUCGAACAUUGUUCGGAGAGGAGUGAACCAUGUUUAGAAUCGUUGUUCAAGAGGUCAAAGGUGCAUUUAUUGAGUUCAAACACCAGUUUUUCCUCGUCGGAAAACAAAUUGGCACACCUGGUGGGACUAUGUGUGUUUGAUUCGAUGGCUCCUAGGAGAAAGAAUCAGGAAAGUGAUGCUCCGCCAGGGUUUGUGGAGGAGCAAGUGGCCAACAUUGAACAUGGCCAGUUAGCUGAAGCGGUUUCCGGUGCGAGGAUCAGACCAUCACAACACAAUGAUGUUGUUCCACCAAAUAUAGAGGUGGACAACUCAGUGACUACCGGGCUCAAGGUGACAAUGACUGACAAAGGGAAGCAGGUCCAAGUACAGGGUGAUGUCAAAGUUCGUGAAGGGGUUGAGGAUGACUUCCAAGAAGGAGGUGAAUAUGAAGAUGAGUAUGUUGAAGAUGACAUGCUAGAAGAUGAGCAUCCCAAUCCCAAAUUUGAUAGAGGCAACAAGGAUGACGAAGGGGAUGACCAAGGACCCCCUUUGACAAUCCACUUUGGAAGUUUGCCGCCAGUUGUGGUCAUAAACUACAUAUAUACUACCUAUGGUUUCCAAUUCAAUGAGGAAGACCGGGAUAGGUAUGUAGAGGAAGAAGAGAUAAUAGAAGAGGCUGAAGAUACAGACGGGUUCGUUGCUGAGUUAACCGAGGCAUUUGCUCGAUUGGAAGCAAGUGAUGAGCCAUGGGGUGUUAGGAUGGCUCGUUUGGGAAGUAGGAUUGAUCUGGCUGCUGAGGUGGCAAGACAAGGCAAGAGUUCCCAGCAACUCCUGAAGGAACUCCAUGAGGCAGGCCAUAAGAGUGUUGGUUUUCUUGGUGAAGAUGAUGGGAGAUAUCUUUUUUAUGUGCUAUACCAGGGUCCUGAAGCUUCAUCGUCCUCACCCAUCCAGAACCCUUCUUAGGGUUGGGAUUUUGAUGGUGAGGUUGAAGGUGCGGCAGCAGAGGAAGAAAGUUCGCCAAGAGAAGAGGAAGUCUUGCAAGUAGCCACCUUGAAAGGGAAAGAGGUCAUGAAGGAGGAAAACACAAGUGAUGAGUUAAGUCACUUAGUGGUUUUCAAGGAACCAGAGCCAAGUAUGCUAAGGCAUUUGAGGCCCCUCUAUAUCAAGGCUAGGUUGGAUGGUAUGCCGAUGUCAAGAAUCCUUGUUGACAAUGGAGCUGCUGUCCAUGUGAUGCCCACUAGGUUGUUAAGAAAACUCGGAAGACUACAAGCGAUUUGAUUCCCACUAAUAUCUUCGUUACUAGCUUCAAUGGGGGGUCAACAUCAGCAAGAGGGAUACUACCAGUCUUAAUUGGAGUUGGUAAUCAAGAGAAAAUGGCUGCCUUCUUUGUGGUGGAUGGGGCGAUAAGCUACAAUGCCUUGUUGGGAAGGGAUUGGAUCCAUGCCAACAAGUGUGUCCCAUCCUCACUUCAUCAGUGUUUGAUGUUUUGGAAUAAAGAAGGAAGGGUGGAGGUAGUACAAGCAGACACCACUUCGAGACGAGAUAGUGGGCAAGGCCGAAGUGACGGCCUUGUUGGAGAAGUUAGCCAUCUAUCAAUGCGAGUUGAGGUUAGCUUGUGAGGAGGUUCCGACGAGGAAAAACUGGUGUUUGAACUCAAUAAAUGCACCUUUGACCUCUUGAACAACGAUUCUAAACACGGUUCACUCCUCUGCGAACAAUGUUCGAACGAGGGUGUUUGAUGUUUUUGAUGGUUUUUUUAGAACAAUCUAAGUUACUCUACUCCUAUGGAGGUUCAGUGAGAGCUCCGAAAGACUAAAAGCUGAUUUGUAGAGAAAAGAUAAAUUUUGACAUUGUGCGUCUAAUGUUUGGUUGUGGAACCCUUGCUUCGUUUUCGUUUCUCCUAUUUAUAGUCAUCCUUUGUAACCGUCGUGCAACCGCCUCUUGGUAACCGUUGCUCCACUGCUUGGUGCUUGAUGUAGCUUGCUUGACGCCUUGACUUUCUUGCGUGCUUGCCACUUGAUGACCCCUUGUGCCAUGGAGGUGUCUUGUUUGGUGAGUGAAGGCUUCAUGCUUGGUGGUACUCGUGCUAACCCCCUUGACAUGACGUUAUGCUCGACACCAGGGUGAUUGGGGGUUUGAUGGAUGCACACUGACCCCCUUGGGGUGACAUCAUGCUUGCAGGGUCUUGGCAAGGUGGUCUACCAUGUGAUGAUAUACAUGGCUGACACCCUAGUGUUUGGUAUUGGUGCUUGACCCCCUUGGACGGUGUCAUGUUUGACCCCCCCUGUGGUUGGAUCUCUAUACUUAGCCAAAUUUUGCCUCGGCAUCAUGCUUGACACCCUAGUGCAAGGUAGGUGGCUGCGGUACUUGGUGCUUGACCCCCUUGGACGAUGUCAUGCAUGACCCCCCUUGCAUGAUGUCAUGCUUGUCCCCCUUGUAGUUGGGUCUCCAUACUUAGACAAAUUUUGGCUUUCUUUACCACCAUGGUCUAGGGACUCCCCUGCCAACACGCUCGAUACCCGGUAGGCGGCUAGACCCCCUUGCGUCUCGUCAUACUCGACUCACCUUGGAUGGUAUCAUGCUUGACCCCCUUGGACGAUGUCGUGCAUGACCCCCCUGGUGCAAGGUAGGUGUUGGGGGUGUUACUAAAUACUCCACGCGCGGACUAAAUAAGGGGCGCUCAA